AGAGAGAGAGAGAGAGAGAGAAGACAUGUAAAUUCAAGCAAACAGGAAGGACAAACAAACAGACAUGGAAAGAAUUAAGCGAUAAAAAGUUAUCAGCAAAAAAACAGAUAGAAACAGACAGACAGACAGACUGACACAGACAGACAAACAGCCAGUAAGAUAAACACACGUAGACAUGCAAACACAGAUAAACACAGACAAAUAGCUAGACAAACAGACAUAUAGACACAGAUAGAUAGACAGACAGACAGACAGUUAGAGAGAGAGAGAGAGAGAGACCGGUAAGAAAUCAAGCAAGGAAAGGCAGAAAAGUGCUUCGGAUACAUCAGAUUCCACCACGAGGAGAGGAAAAAUUUCACGAGAGCUUGACGUAAUAACCACGAGACUCUUGCAUCACGUUACAGAAACCAACAGAGGAGAGAAGCAGAAAAUACGUACAAAAAUCUAUACAAUCACUCGACGCUAUGCAAAACAAACCUGAGUGAUGAGGAAGACAGACGAACAUGGUCCAAGGGUUGCAGGAAGAUGAAGGAGACGAGGACACUGGUUGGGAAGAAGGAAAAGUCAAUCUGCUGUUGUCUCCACUUAAAGAUUCUGUGAGAGAGUGACGAGCGGGGAACACUUUCGAUGGCCCUCAUGGACUGCAGAUGACGGGAGGGCAGCUCCGGCACUCUGGAUCAUUUACGCAGUGUCACACCUCGCUGAGUGCCUGAGGAAAGUAGAGGAAGCUAGAGGCGUGUGACAAGUGUAAGUCAAUGCAAGAAAACCCUCGUAUUUACUAUGAGGAGUCCACAUCGCUUGGCAGGCAAAGGAGGAACGUGGUCUUUGGGGCGCCUUCAUAUGCAUCCUCCUCCUAUUCCUCCUCCUGCACCUUCAUCUUCUCUUCCCGCCACCAGCCAGAGCAUGAAUGAGAGCCUCAGGGUGUUAGCGCCGGAACCACACCAACCAGAAUGGAUGGACGAUGGAGCUAUGAUGGAUAUUCAAAGGCCUUCUCCACCCAAGCUCCUUGCACCGUCAUCCCCAGCCACUGAAAGACCUCAAGGGUGCUUUGUCUUCCCUACAGCCUCCAGUGUCCCUCUUAAAGCCACGAGAUGCUCUGUGCUUGCUCUCGUGACGGUGGUGGUGGUGGUACAGGGAGCCCUUGCCCACGAUUCUAUUAUAAGACUGAGACAAGGAAAUGUCCAAGGGGUCAUAAGAGAGACGAGCACCAGACAGAUCUACGCUUACCUUGGCAUUCCUUACGCUAAGCCUCCUGUUGGGAACCUCAGAUUUCAGCCGCCGCGCCGCCACGAAGGAUGGACCACGACUUUCUUCGCCACCGAGUUCGGAGCGGCGUGUCCUCAGCCCUUCCUGACGGGGCUCCAGAUGUCAGAGGACUGUCUUACCCUCAACGUAUGGAUCCCUGAGCUGCCGCGGGGUUUCCGUCAGUACCCUGUGAUAGUUCUGCUGGAGGGGGAGCUCUUCGUCACCUCAGCGCCCUCUAGGUUCCCCGGCCAGGACCUCGCCGCCUCGGAUAUGAUCGUGGUCUCGUUCAACUAUCGCACCAAUGCCUUCGGUUUUCUUAGCUGGGAGGACCGCGUGCUGCCGGGGAACCUGGGACUGCGGGACCAGUCACUCGCCCUGCAAUGGGUGGCGGAAAACAUCGACAAGUUUGGUGGCGACCUGACGAAAGUGACGCUCCUGGGGCAUUCUGCAGGGGCCGCCUCUGCCGCCUACCACCUCGUCCACCCUCGCAGUCAAGGGCCCUUCCAGCAAAUGAUCCUGAUGUCGGGGACCCACCUCGCACCCUGGGCACUCAGCAGGCAGCCGCGUGUAGCCUCCAGGAGACUCUCGGAACACCUGGGCUGUGGCUACGUGUCCGGCUCCUCUUACUUGCUGGGAUGUCUCGAGAGGAAGGACGUGGACCAAAUUGUGAAGGCGGUGGAGAGACUGGUCGAGGAGGGUAACCCAUAUUACCUCUUCGCUCCUGUUGUGGACACCUUUCUGCGUCCGGAGGAGCAGGUGGUGCCCUUGGAGCCCCUGAGUGCCAUCCGUGAGAGUGCCAACAGGAGGAUUCCCUUGCUGCUGGGCCUCUCGGAAAACGAAGGCUCGGUUAUGCUCUACAUUAAGAGAGAGAUUAACUACAUGACCUUCGAUGACCUGAGGCGCUACGCUCACGAGAUCCUGGUGCCAAUGGUGACCUCGCUCCACGGAUAUGGGGAGGAUGCAGAGGUGGUCAAGAGGAUGAUGGAGUACGCUUACCCUGACAAGGCGAGGCUUGGGGAGACUUACACACUGGUCCUCGAGAUUAUAGAGCUUUUCACGGAUGGGAUGUUCAAGGCUCCAGUGAUAAAGAUGGCAGAGGAGGCGUCGCGGAGAGGCCUCAACACACACCUCUUUGUCAACACCUUCGUCAGCAGGGACAUCUAUCGUUCUUACACCAACAUUUCAGGGGCGCUUCACGGGGCCGAGCUGGCCUACCUUUUCUCCCCAACAGCCUACAGGAAGUUCUUCAGCCUACCGCUCACCUACAACGAGGAGCAGCUAAGCCAAAGAUUGAAGAGCAUGGUGUACAACUUCGCCAGUAGCGGGCUACCCUUCUUGUCCCAGUACUCGCCUCGCUGGGGUCGCUUCACCCUCGCGUCCCCAACAUACGCGUCGCUCGAGUCCGGCCAGAUCCACGAGGAUUACCAGCAGCACAAGGUAGCCUUCUGGAACCAGCUGCUGCCUGAGCUGUACAUCCUUGACCAAAGUAAUCCUGGAAGCACCACCACCUCCACCCACAGACCAACGACAGUGAACCCCACCACAGAGCAGCAAUCGCUUGGCGGCUGUCUCGUUCCAGUCAUCCAGCCAGGGGCGGAUGGAGCCUCCUACCAGUCGGCGGUGUGGGUGCUGGUGGGCGUGGUGCUCGUCCUCCUCGGUGUCAUCAUUGCCUACAUCGUCUGCUCUCGGCGACGCAAGAGGCUCACGUCAGGCACACUGCGGAGCCAAUGACACGGGGAGACGAGGAAUGGUGAACGAGCUGUGUACAGGCGAACCCCCGGCACCCUCAGUAGCCGGGGCGGUAGCGGGCGGUCCAGGACACCCACCGUCUCCGGCGGCAUGGAGUCUCCGGAAGAAAUGGUGGAGCGGCUUCCGUCCAGGAGGUUUACUCAUUUUGGUUCUAUGACAUUCGAAAGAAGAGAACCAGAAGGCUUUGACGCGUCUGACGGCCUUCCGUCAAGCACUGUGUCCAGGACCAAUCCUCUGCUGCGGCUGUCCUCACUGGAGGGAGAGAGGGCGUCUGUCGACCUGGAGGAGUGUGUGGACUUCAACUCAAUGCGGAGAGUGAAGCUGUCCAACUUCCCGAAGGACCACUACUGGUUCAGGUCACAAAAGGACCGCGAGGACUCGGUGAUGGAGACGCGGGCGGAGACCAUCUAUGACGACCGCGAGGAGGCCGAACGACGCCCAAGCACCACGAGGGUCGUCUUCGCCCAGACCGAUGAGGCGUCUUUCUCCUGAGCCUUGGCGUCUGUCAUCAGGCCAGUCCCAGGCUCGGGAGGGUUUUGUAGCUGCUGCUCAAAGUCCUGAACCAUCAUGGAGACAGCGCCCUACGGUAGCCAUAAUAAAGUUCCUCCCAGUACCAGCCACAAAGAUCAAGGCUGCUAUAAAAAGCUCGUUCGCUGUUUCUCGUCGUGAAACAACAUUCAAUUAUUGUAAUAUAGGAUAAAAUGUGUUGCUGUUGUUUAGUGAUCUGUGACCUUUCUUUUCUA